CCAUGGAGGCUACAGCCUCCAGCUUCCGGCCCGAAGAACCUUCAACCGCUGCCCAUGACUCCAUGGAAGCGACAGCCUCACCGUGCGGCGCGGACUCCACGGAGGCUACAGCCCCAUCAUGCAGCUCGCCCUUGGAUUUCCGACCGGUGACACCGUCCACAUGGUCCUCCUCUGAACCAGUUGGAGCUUGUACUUCUACGCCUCCUCUGCGCAGUUCUGCGCCGAGACCUAAGGACAUCAUAAGGCGUCUCCAGGCCAAGGUUUCAAAGUACCGGAAGACCAUCGCAAGGCUGCGCAAGCAAGAGAAGAAUAUGCCUCGAUCGGCUGCGGAAGCUCUCAACAUCAUUCGCCCUCACGUGACAGACGAGGUAUUUCACCUACUGUCAAGCCAUGUUAAAUUGAAAUCCAAGGGCAAGGGAAAACGAUUCCCGUUAUGGUUGAAAAAGUUUUCUCUUCAUCUCAACUUCCGUGGGCCGCGGGCAUACCGUUUUUUGUCUCGUUAUCUCACUCUUCCUACUCAGCGCACACUAAGAAGAUGGCUGUCGGAUGUCAAAAUGACACCUGGAAUUAUACCAGGCAUUAUGUCAUCCAUUUUUACAAAAACACAAUCAUGGAGUAAGCGCGAUUGCCCAUUCCUCGGGAAGCCGUAG